GAUCAAGCAGUUUCGAGAGCUCACAUGAAGGAUGGAAAACGAGGAUCUGAAUGACUGAUGGAAAUAUACACUUGUGUGGACUAGCAUGAUGAUCUAUGGAACUAUACAGCACUACCUGUAACUAUGAUGGAUGAAAGUUGAGCGUCUAAUGUGAGUCUGCUUGUAUGUGUACAUCUACCCAAUAUUUUAGUUGUCUCUACUCAUGUGUGCGCAUGUGGUGCUGUAGAGUCCAAUGGCGGAGUUGAACCCUGUCUCAGACACUCAUGCUCUACUGGAAUCCAUGCUUCAGCGAUUACGACUGAAUGCUCAGACCAACAGUAGCUCACCCACUCAUAUGCAAACAUGCAGUCCGUCUGGAGAAUGUAAUGCUGGACCAGUGGAAGACUCAUCUAAAUCAGUUUAUCAGUUUGGGAUUUCUUCCAACAGUAAACAGCAGGAUGGACAGGCCUCAGUUUGGAAUAAAUGGCAGAAUCCUUGGACUCAACAAUCUUCUCAUUUUGAGGAUGCAUUGACUCCUGUCGCUAAACAACCUGUAAGAAGGAUCAAUAAACACAACUCAGGAUUUUCUGGUAAACCUAAACGUCCUCCAUUGAUUUGGGGGGAACAAAAGCACUUUACUGUAGAAAGAACCGGUGAUGUCACUUCUGGCGUCGGAGACGUUCAGAUGCCCGGGCUGGAAAACAAGCGACAGUUUUCUCUGGAAGGGGACACCGGCUUAAAUGUGGUCUCCCCGUCUUUAUACAAAACAGAAUCUUUCCAAAACCCUCCUGAUCUUUUAGCUCCAACGCUAACAACGUCUGCAGUUUUGGAAAAACCGGAGGUCAAGGGUCAAACUUGGAGUUGGGGUGCUGGGAUUGAGAGAAAUGAAAGCACCAGAUUUCAUGAGCAAUCAGGAAAAACGACAAAAACAAGUAGAAGGACGUGGGGAGCUAAAAGGUGGGCUCAGAAUGUGAAAGAGAGAUGGAGAGGAAGACACAGAAGCACAGUGACCAUACAAAGAGAUGAUGGAGAAAGACAAGCACAGAAUGAAAUGCAAAGUAAUCGCUCUUCAUUAUCGGUGCCCAUUGAAAUGAACGACACACCUACAGCACUCACUGAGACUACAGAUAUCCGUCAUGAACAGAUCAGCACAGCGCUAGAUGAAGAUGGCCCUGGUUCACUAAGCUACAUGAGUGACAAUCUGUUCUCAUUUGGCACUACUUCCAAUUUAAUGGAGGAGAUCUUCAGCGGGACGGAGUGGGCUCAGUUUCUUUCAGUUAACCGCAACAAACCAGAUCAAUCAAAUGAGUCACCAAAUACUAUAUCACGUGAGGAAGAACUACACAGUAAAUGGACUGGAGACAAAGAUGAUUUGCAUUUAGGUUUGACUCAACCAUCACUUCCAGAGAGCUUUACGCAACACAUGUCCACUCAUCCAACCGAGAUGUCCCAAAUGAGUCUCACAAAUCCAUUACAAACUUUCGACCCGUUUAUAAACCAGCAACAAAAUCGGAACCCCGGUGAAUCUCACAGUAGAGAGCAAUCAAAUGAACAUCCACAGUUUUACCAGCUUGUUCCAAAUGAAUCAAAGGUGACUGAGCACAGCGAUCAACAUGGGACGUCUAGUCAAGUGUACGACCCCAGCCAUAACCAGCCACAAGGUGGGAUGGAGGAUUACAUACCUGUCUUGGACCUUUCAUAUGCUAAGCCAAUAAAAAGACAGUCCGUAACAUCCCAUGGAUCUAUAAGCCGAAAAAGAGAGCACUGGACGAAAAGGAGGGAAUCGUUUGAACCCACAACACAAGACAUGGAGGAUGAAGAGCAUGGUGGCUCUUUUACAGCUCCACAGUUUUCAAACCCUGUCCACAGCCCCUCACCCGCAUCUUCCCUCAACUCAAUCCUGGACUCCGUCUCUGAAGACUCAGAGUAUGAAGUCCUGGAGACUGCGGUCAAAAAGAGGAGGAUGGAAGACACCCGGCGCGUUCGGUUCUGUGAGCAGGUUAUCGUCUUACCGCCCAGCUACUUGUCAGAGUCUGAUGAAGAUAAUGUCGAUGAAGAAAUUGAAAACGACUUGCAAGAGGAGGCUUCUCCCCGUUCGUCUUUUCCUAGAUGGAUGGUGUCUUUAAAACCUAAAAGUGGAAAGUACAAAUUUUAACUUUGACUGCACCUCUAAAAUUUUCACAGCUCACAUAAACAGAGACUGUGCUUCCUGAGGCAAUAGCGACACAGCAGAAAUAACAGACAAUUAUCAUUUUUACAUUCUGAAAAAAAAUCAUUUUAAUAGGACUGUGAUAUGCCAGCAUCAUAAUGAUAUAAAAUUACAUUCAAUUAAAUUGUUAAAUUAAAAAAUGUAAGUAAAAUGUCAUACGAAUAACAGAUUAAAGUGCAAAGAUGUGGUGAAAUUUAUUUUCUAAGAUAACAUUACUUACAAUCUCAGCGGCAUAGUUCAAGUAAAUAAAGUCAACGGUAUGAAAAUCAAGCUGAUUUAGACAAAUGUUUCACAUUAAAAACACUCAAAAUAUGCCUAAAUACUUUUAACUUGUAAAAGAAAUUCUGUAUGUAGUCACAUAUCAUUUUCUUUCUUUGUUCUUUUUAUUAAUGAAUUAAUUACUGAUUCUUUGUUUUGUCAUUUAAUUUACUGCAGCUUAAUUACUGUUUGUAUAUACAGUUUCAGUUAAAGGUUGGACGCUCACUUUUUAUCU